GAGAAGAUCCAUCUAUAUUUAGAAAAUUCUAGUUAGUUUAAACAGAAGCCGCGGUUGUACGAUGGCUCAUCAAACACGCUCAUUGUACAAGGACAGGUUAAUUAGUGUUGAAUUUUGACAGACAAACAAAGGAGAGAUACCCAGUGCCAGUUUUCGAUUAAUUUUUUAGUAAAAAUCCGAAUGAUGAAAAUGGUAAUUAGUAUUUUAUUAUAAUAUACAAAAAGUUUAACUGCUUAAAAUCAUAGGCUCAUUCUAAAAUUGAAAAGUCUGUAAUAGCUUUUUUAAAGUUAGUAGUUGAUUUCAAGAUAAACAUGGUUUUUUAGUUUCUGCUGAGGAUUUUAAGAGUAUGGUCCUGAAAAAAACAUCGCAAUCGGAAGCAAGAUCAGACACAGCCAUAACCAAACCCGUGUUUCUUUCAGGCUUCUAUUUAGGCAUACCCCAGGCCCCAGGGUGACAAAACUGGGUGAAUUUAGUUAUGUAGAGCGUGGGUGCCGGAUUCAGAGCUAACGCUGGUUGCCACUUCCACUAUGACUUACUUUUUGGUGUUUAAAAAUGCAAACCCCCCCCCCCAAAAAAAAAAAAACCACACACACACACAGAUCUGAAAUGUCUCCUCGGAUUAAAUUUGCUGAAAGAUACUUUGUGUCACUAAGUCUUAUACAAGUAAUAAAAAACUGGGUGAAUUUAGUUAUGUAGCGCGUGGGUGCCGGAUUCAGAGCUCACGCUGGUUCCCCCUUCCACUAUGCCUUACUUUUUGGUGUUUAAAAAUGCAAACCCCCCCCCCAAAAAAAAAAAAAAAACCACACACACACACAGAUCUGAAAUGUCUCCUCGGAUUAAAUUUGCUGAAAGAUACUUUGUGUCACUAAGUCUUAUACAAGUAAUAAAAAUAGAAUUUUAUCUAAGCGUAGCGAUCUGAAGUGACUCUAAAAAAAUACUUAUCAGACUCUUGCAACACCCUUUUCAUAAUGAAUGCCCUAGGAUAUUAUUCAAUUUGUGUUCUUUUGCUUGUAAUGUUUUUAUAUUAUUAAUAUGGUUUCUUUUUUGUUUUAAUGAUUUGCACAGCGUAAGAACUUUUCUGGUCACAAAGUUAAGUUUUUUUCCCCCAUAAAUGUUGAGCAAUGGCAUCAGAAAAAGAUAGAAAACCACCUGAGAUUCCAGACUUGUCCUGUGCUGAAUAUGUUGAAAAGAGUGUUGAUGAAAUAUCAGACGCUAUAGCAAAAGGCUUGUCUGAGCCAAAAGUGCAGCUAAUAAGUAAGUACUGUUUUGGACUUUGUUUUUUUUUUUUUGUGCAUUGAACCCACUAGAUUAAUUCUUUAGGGAAAAUGUUUCCAAUAUGAGUUUUUACAUGUUUAGACUUAAGACUAUUCCGAAUGAUAUUCUAUUGCAUUUUUACUUUUUGCACACUUGCAAAAUACCAAUUUCUAAGUAUUCCCAAAUAAUUAUACUUAGACUAAGAAAUAUGUUUGCAAUUUUUUCUCUAAUAAGCCACCUUGAUCCAAUUAAUUGAAAUUAACUAUGUAAAUACAUUCUAAUAUUUUGCAGAAACAAUUUUAGGUUCAAUAGGCAAAGAAAAUUCUUUAUUCUUCUAUAAACAGACGCAAGAGGUGGAACAGCAGGGUGGCAUGAAGACCUCAUCAGUAAGACGUUCUUUGUUGUAAACUAAACUAUUUCCUUAAUAAAAAUUUGUUUUUAACAGUUUAAGAAAAAGUUAUUGUAAAUGGAUUUUCAUGAGAAGAAGUCAGUGAAGAGUAUUUGGGAUGAUUUCCUGGAAGAUCCUCUCUUUGUUAACCACUUACGAAAUCACACGAGAUACCAGUAAACAUAUUAUCUAAUAGCAACAAUAUCUAAUAGCAACAAAGUGGAAAUACAACUUUCCCUCAAAUAGCAUAUAAUAUACAUGAUGGAUUUUACCAUUUGAUGAGAUUUGUGUUUGUAUAGUAUAAGCAGCUGUUUUCAGAACGGGAGGUAGCCUAUCCUUUCUUUUCUUGCACAUGAGACUAUUGAGACAGACCUGACUGAACUAUUUCUAAGAAUUCUUGAUUUAUCUUGUUACUUGUUAAUUUAAAAAAAAUAUAAUCAUAACAGUGAAAGGACAUGAAAUUUGACCAAUUUAUAACUUACUGAUAUUUCAGGGAGACCGUUGGCGAACAUCUGGAGGAGUAUUUGUACAACUACUAAGGCAAGAGGCCAAGAAAGAAAAUGGCAGAGUUUCUCAAAAACAAAUUGAUGACAUUUUCGACGAACAGAAGAGGUAGUUGGACAGUACAGAGCUUGCCUCUACAAAUAAUAAUGUAGUUUCAUUAAAGAAGUCAUUUUAUUAUUAAUUCUUAACUUCAUACCAAAAAAAAAAAAAAAAAUUGACCUGUUAAAGAUAACUUUUCAGUAUUCAUAUUCACAAUGGUUUUUAUGUUUUGUUCUUAAGCUUGUCAGCCUAUAUUUAACUUGAUUAAAAUUAAUUAAUUUAAAUCAUAAGGAGGUAAUAUAUUUUUAUUUGAUACAUUUUUCUUCAGCAAUGAUAAUGAACACAAAAAAUUGGAUGAAAAUGACGAAGAAGAAAAGGCACUGGAAAAAGAUAUAGAGGAAGGCAAAAAAAAAAUCUUAAACAGGUCAACAAAAAAACCUUAAAUAUGUCAACAAAGAAAUCUUAAAUAGUUCAUCAGAUGCAAGCCAAAAUGUCAGCGUUUUUAAAAAAACACUGACGCUGAUCCGUUGACCACCAUAAGGGGAUGCUGUUGUAGAGCUGAUCUCCCAGGAACUAGGCCUAUAGUAAUUUCCUAUUGUCUUCUUAUCCUUGCUCCACUGACUUAUUUAUUUAAAACAAGUUUCCUAUGCAGCCAAUAAAAAUCGUAUUUUUUUCCCCCA